AUGGACAGCAAGCAGUCAUCAUGGAAAGGAUCACUCCUGCUGCUGCUGGUGUUAAACCUCCUUCUCUGCAAGAAUGUGGCUGCCAGCCCUGCCUGUGCAGGUGGGGCUGCGAACUGCCGCUUGAGCCUCCAAGACCUGUUCACCCGUGCAGUCGCCCUGUCUGACAACAUCUAUAAAGUUGCUGAAGACACAUUCAGGGACUUUCAAAAAACAUAUAGCACUGAACCGGAGUUCAUAUCCAGGGCCAUCAACAGCUGCCACACGUCUUCGAUUCCUACUCCAGCAGACAAGGACCAAGCCCUGAAUACCGAGAAUUACAUAUUACCAACCUGGCUGUUUUUCACUUCCUUUAAUGUGAUGUUCAGUGUGAUUGAUCAGUCUGGAACACUUCUGAAUACGGUCCGAGGCUUAUUGCGCUCCUGGGAAGACCCUCUGCAGCACCUGACCACCACAGUUAACCCUGGAGUUGUAAACGAAGACAUUUUCUCUGCCUGGUCUGGACUUUCAUCACUGCAGAAGGGUGACAAAAACUCUCGCCUUGUGGGAUUUUAUAACCUGUUCCACUGCCUACGCAGAGAUACAAAUAAGGUUGACAAUUAUCUCAAGAUCCUGAAGUGCAAAGUUGUCCAUGAAGGCAGCUGCUAA